AUGCCGACUGACAAAUUUUGUGGUGCGCACCCCAAAAACGCUUGUCCAACUCCGCUUCGCAGCUCGCGCCUGGGAGAGGUGCGCAGCUCCGGCGGCGUCUUUGACCCUUACGUGUACCGAGGGGCCGGGGGUAAAGGCCUUCCUCCGAUGAUGAGCAGCGAAGGCGUGAAGGAAAGGCUCGGCAUCAUGCGGGGCCACCUCAAGUCGGGAGUGUGUGCGGGAAUCAUCCAGGUGCAUGCCGGUUUUGCCUAGCGCUCUCCCGUGUUCGUUAGUGAUAAUUGUGAGAAGCUGUUGGCCGGCGACAACUUAUCUAACACCGCUGCUCCACUGCGACUUUUGGUUGAAGGGUUGCAACACGAAUCGCUCCGCUCUGCUCUAUCGCACUGCCACCUGACGCAUAUCCGCUCCGCGCCGUGCCGUGAGGUUUCAUUCGAUUUGAUAGACAGAGUGCACAAGGGUCGUCCU